CUGCUUAAGUGUCGGGGCUAAGAUGUCAAAGCGUCUCCAUGCAGCACAGCAGCGCUGCCCUCCUCCUCCUCUUCCUCACCCCCCAGCCCAGAUAUUCAUGCUGCUCCUGAGCCUGAGCUGGCUCUUUUUAGCAUCACCCAGGGCUCAAGGAGAGAAUGUGGACAGUAAAUUGGAAUCCUCUAGGCAACAGACGCCAAAGAACCAGUCAGAAGAUUAUGAGAUAAUAGUUCCCUACCUUUUGAAUGGAGAACAAUGGAAACCAAUAAAUGGCAUCUAUUCAAAGAGUCACCCAGCAAUGCUGACGUUUGUAAUACAAGCUGAAAGUAAGCAAUUGGUCAUCAGUCUGGAGAGAAACGAUAACCCCACUAUUUACACUGUAAAGGAAAACCCCACAGACCCUGAAGCAUCUUUCUGGAGGGCUUGGCCCUUCCUGAUACUCCUCCCCAUGGACAUUGGCUGACUGCCUAUGCAUACAUCCCACCCCUGAUAUGUAGGGUAAGAGACAAACGGCCCAUUUUACCCCCUGCUGGAAAUCUCAGUGGGAGUUUCACAAGUUUGUUGGAUGGAGCAAGAGAUGUUGCAUAAAGCAGCUGGCCCCUGGCUUGGCCCCACCC